UACAAUAACAAAUUGUGARAAGAUGUAAUUGCAGACGCAUAUGCAUGUGUACUUACAUAGUCACGUCCAUACAAAGAAAUUAUUAUGAAUUUUAUCGUUAUCAAUUUUUAYCUAUGCAUAUACUACAUACCAUUUGUUCGAAUGUGAUUUUUAAUCGCCGGYACUGAUAAUGUUAUCUAUGAUAAAUCGGGGAUAACUAUGAUUACUUCGUAGAAUGGUACCCAGCAAGUCAUGGCUAUCGAAACGGCAAUAUUUUGAAAGAAUUAGCGCGAAAACUAAUACACACACCGCGUAACUCAUAAGACCUUAGCGUUAGAAAGAAAUGAGGUGUUUCGGUUGUCAAUUGGGCGGCAAGAAACUCAUAGAAACUUUAACGGAUAUGUCUAGUAAAGCUAUUGGAGCUGUGAAAUGAGCGAUAACGAAAACGGAGAACCCACCUGGUUGGACACAACAUAUUUGACGAAGAUUCUAAAGAAGUACACACAAAACCAUUUAGGUAAAAUUAUAUCAUUCACAAAAAUACCUGCGACUAAAAAAGGUGAAAACUAUGCAAGYUGUAUGUAUCUUAUAACUGCUUUGUAUACAACGGAACCGGAAUUGGCAGACAUAAAGGAAUUACAACUCAUUGUAAAAUCACGUUUAGAAAGCGAAUUGUUCGCACAAAUAGAAGAAGGUUUUAACGUUUUCGUACGUGAAGCUCAAGUAUAUAAUGUAAUAAUGGAUUUAGCAGAAGAGCUGCUUCGAAGCGUCAAAGACGAAACAUGUUUUGGUCCCAGAGCAAUUUAUGUGGAUGAACGCAUUAUAGUUCUGGAAAACCUUAAACUCCAAGGCUUUUCUAUCGAAAAUAUUAAGGCUGGCUUAGAUUUUGAAUGUUGUCGUCUGAUACUGGAGAAAUUGGCCAAAUUCCACGCAGUCACUAUGGUUCUCUAUAAAAAGAAUCCAGAUAUAUUCCGGCAUCAUUUGCCCAGCAAUAUAUCCGAACAACCUUCGCCUCUGCAUGACGUCUAUACAAAUACCAUUAAAAAUUGCAUCGAGUAUUGCCAAACCAAUCCAAAACUACAACGUUACGUAACGAAAUUGCAAGCUUUCGGUGAAAAAAUUAUUCCAAAGAUGAUAAAUGUUUUCAGUCGCAGUCAAACGGACCGUUAUCAUGUGUUGAACCAUGGUGAUGUCUGGGUGAAUAAUAUGAUGUUCCGCAAGGAUCUUAGCGGAAAUGUCGUGGACGUUUUAUUCGUGGAYUAUCAAGAAGGAUUUUAUGGUUCUCCAGGCAUCGAUUGGAAUUUUUUUAUUUUUACAUCGUGGCAAAAGGAAGURUUCCAAAAUCACUUUGAAGAGCUAUUGACCAUCUAUCAUUCGGUGUUGUCUGCUUUAUUGCACAAGUUAGAACAUGAUGAGCGUAUACCCACAAUCGAAGAUGUAAGAAAGGCUAUUAUCAGUAAAGGUUUCCAUGGUCUUACGUCGGCAACGUGCUUGUUACCAAUAUUGAUUAAUGAACAUGCAGAGUUGUCAGACCCCAUAAAUUUCAUUUUGAAUACUGAUGAGGCAAUAGCCAAUCGACGAAAAAUCUUCGACAAUCCAAAAUAUGGCGAAAGAUUGGAAGUUUUCUUGGAAUUCUUCGAAAGUAACGGUAUUCUGUAAAAAAAAGGUAUUAUGAAGGGGGUAUGCGACCACUAUGAUUUUGUAUAUGUAUACAGAUUGUUAUAUAAUAAUGUAUGUAUGUAAAAAAAAUUUAAACAUUUUAAUAAACU